GGAGGAGUCGCGCGUGCGCAGUCUCAUCGUGACCUCGCUUUGUUGCACUAAAACACGCGCUAUCGCAAGCUCACAUCAACUCGAUGACGAAAAUCGAAAUUUAAACUAUAUCUUUUAUAUAAAUAAUGAAAUGUUUGUGUAAAUAAUAGUUUAUGAUCUACAAUAAUGUAAAAAGUGCUACAAAUUAUAUAAAGUUAUUUUAAAAGUAAUGCAAAAUACAAUGUACUUAGUAGGCGUGAGUAAUUGAGACUUAACAUGCUCUAGUUUGACAUUGCAGCUGUCUACAGUUUUUUAUACAUGUGAUGAUUGGCGGCGUAGAGAGCGGUUCUACCCGCAUACGCCCUUUGUCUGGGGGAUUCUGGACGCUUCUCUCAUGGCUGCGCGGUGAGGAGCACUCCGCCUCCAGCGAGAGCAUUUCCAGCGCCGGCUCAGACCUUACGGCCGUCAGUUUUGCAUUCUUAGCACCGACUCAUUAUCAUUCCACCACUGCACCUCUGGUUGUGCCACCUCCAGGACCACCCACUGACUCGUACAAAAAAAGAGUACGUGAACGAAAUUUACGACGCCAGUAUGAUCGAGACAUUACCCUUCAUCGUAAAUAUGGUCUCUUUAGAGGUGAAAACGCAGUGAAUUUCGACAUUCAUAGUCUGCCGCCCUUUCGUAGGGUUGGAACUGUGAAAGAUUGGAAAGAUCGAGAACGAAGGGCUGCGAGUGAGUGCCAUCAAAGGAGAACAGCCCACGUACCAGGGAAGCGCCGUGCGCCACCUCCGCCCUCAAGAAUACCGGCUGCACCUGACGUUAUUGCAGUCCCAGCGAGCACUACUUACCGACGGCAUUCAAGAAAGCGCCCUGCACCGAAGCCUCCUAGCCAAACUACUGGUCAAACAAAUAAAAUAAAAAAUAUAUUUAUGGACGAAAACAACAAAAUUAAUAUGAACCAAUCAAAUAGCCCAGCGAUACGACCGUUAACCUCAUUGGGUUUAGAAUGUAAGCAGGAAAAGUAUAUUAAAAAGGAAAUGAAUUUGAAGGACGUUAAAAUGAGACCAGAAAAAAGCUUUUUAAAACAGAUUUUUGAAAACAAAAAAAGGAAUUCUGCUGUUGAUACAUCAUUGGUAAAAGUACUGCCCAGCAUAAGUGAAUUAGACCAACAGGCUGCUGAAAUUAUUGAGACCUCAAGGUUAAGAAAACUAAAUCAAACAAAUCAACAAGGAAUUGGUACAGAGUGUGUUUGGUAUUGCAUUAAGUGUUCGAGAAAGUACGAUAAAUCUGUAGACGCUUGUAUGCUCUGUAAUAUAAAAAAAAAUGUGUCAUGUAAGUCUGCGGGCAGCGGGAACAAAUUAACGAUUUAUACCCAAACAGAACAAGAAUCACCUAGCCAAUCUACAAGUAACGACCAUCAAAUGGACGAAAAACAAAAAUUGAAAGAAAUGUUAAAGGAAAUGAAAGAUUCUCUACCAAAACGUACAAAACUUGAUAAUCUAAAAAAGGAUCAAAAAAAUCUAAGCAAAGUUAUUAUGCCUUCUAUUGAAACUCCGACAUUACCAAUAGGUUCUGGUAUUGAGCGCACUAUUGGCCCACAAAAUAAACCAACUCUUAAUAACCAGCCUUCCAAAAAAUCGGAAUCUAAAGUAUUAAUGGUCCAAUUCAAUGAAACGAAUAUGCACCAACCUCCUAAACUUGACGAAAGGAAAACUGACUUGAACAAACAACCUAUUCAAUUAUCCAAUAAUGAAAGAAAAGCACUCAACACACCACUUAAAAUUUCAUCUUUAUUAAAUCCCAUUUAUAUCCCGAAACCAAAUGGUUUACAUCAAGAUCAAUUGCGAAAAGUAUCUUCAUCGUCAGAAAUUAAGCAUUUACCGGAAAAGAUAGAAUCGACUACCGAUCCAAUAUAUGUAAAAACUGCUGAUGCUGUACGAGAUAUUUUGUUGAACUCGGUAGCCGGUACAUCGCCAAAGACUCCAUCACAUGUGCCUAAACAUAAGCAUAUCACAGAUAGAUGCAAUAAUGUGUACACGGACGACGAACAAAGCACUUCCACUGUUGCCAAUAAAUCGAACGAAAUUAAACUCGCUACUACUAAAACAAAUAAUAUAGAUAAAAUAAAUAACCACUCCAGACGCCGAGAUUUAGUCAACCAAUUAGAAAAAUCUAUAGCAAAUGGAGAUGAACGCGCUGCUGCUGAAGCAGCGAUGAAAUUAGCGCAGUUGCGUUUAUCUUGUUCCGUAUUAUCUUUUUCCUCUCAAAUUUUACAAAAUUCUCAAAAUCCUCCGCAUAAUGUAUUAAAUAAUAUCACCACACCCGAAGCAGAUCAUGCCAUGAAUAAAUCAAUUCCCACUUCUGUUGGUAGAAGUUCAAUACUAUCAAAAGAAAGUCCAGUUAAGAUUGAUCCUCUGAAGUCUAAUCUAACGGAAAAUAAUAAAAAGGGAUUAAAAAGUCACGAUGUUUCAACCUCAACCAACAAUAUUCUGAUACAAAAAAAUAAUAGAUUAUCUACUGAAGUUGCCACUGAAAUAAAAAAUCUACCUCUUAAAGUCGAAGAACUACCGAACCAGUCUACUUCUAACGAUUCUGGAACUUUAGCACAAGGUAUCCAAAGCAAAAGUGAAUCAACAAGAUCAACAAUUCUUGAUAGCAAAAAUAAAACAGAUGAUAAUGUAUCGGAAACACUUGCACAGCCUUCAACUUCUAAAGACAUGAACAAUGCGGAUAGCAACGUCAAGUCGAUCGCUGUUUGGAUAGAAGACAAGGAAAAGGCACAUGGACCCCUUCGCUUGCGGAUCACAAUCAAUGCCAACGUUGGAGAGUUGAGGCGACGAGCUGAGCAAACUUUAGGUCUACCGAUGCGAUUGCAGCGCUGGAUUGUCGGCAAAGAACUGUGUAACAGCGACGACACCGCACUCGUAUCUCUUGCUGGUCCAGGCCUUGAUGUGCCAUUCUACCUUUGUGUAGUGGAAUGUGAUGAAAAUGUACAAAAUCAGAUACGCGAUUUAUGCCAAGAUACAGCUAAAACCGAGCUUAUGAACAAUACUGAUAAAAUUGGAGAGAAAUCAACCGACGUAUACAACGAAUUGGUUCAACUGGAACGUCAAGCUGUUGUUCCUAACGUUGAAGCGUUCGUAUGCGAUAUAUGUAUUGAGGACUGCGCACCCGGCGACGGGGUAGUGUUGCGUGAAUGUGCACAUUCUUUCUGUAGACCCUGCCUCGUCGAUGUGAUCCGCCAUUACGAAGAGCCAGCAGUAGCAUGCCCUGCUAUGGGAUGUAUUGGAUUGUUGCAUGAACGUGAAAUACGAGCAUUAGUCAGCCCCGAGGACUAUGAGAAGUGGUUGAAUCGUGGAUUGGCAGCGGCGGAGAGUGGAACUCGAAACGCGUUUCAUUGCCGCACACGCGAUUGUACGGGCUGGGCGCUUUGCGAUACUGGUGCUCGGCGCUUCCCCUGUCCCGUAUGCAAGCACAUCAAUUGUGUGCCAUGUCAAGCAAUACACGAAGGCGAGACAUGUGAGCAGUAUCAAACGAAACUAAAGACUGCAGCUUUGGCCGACACCGCAGACCAAACGGACGAGGGGACCCGAGCGUUGAUAGAGUCUCUUAUUAGUCGCGGAGAAGCUUUGCAAUGCCCUGAAUGUAACGCCGUUAUCACAAAGAAAUGGGGCUGCGAUUGGGUGAGAUGUUCUGCGUGCAAGACGGAGAUAUGUUGGGUGACGCGCGGGCGACGCUGGGGCCCCGCCGGCCGCGGCGACACCAGCGCCGGCUGCAAGUGUGGCGUCGACGGGAAACGAUGCCAUCCUUCUUGUGCCUAUUGCCAUUGAGAUUUUAAGAGCUUUCUCAGAAGAAUGCCGAAACGAGUAAAACUCGAUUAUAUAAAGAAUGCGGUUUCAAGUAGUAUCACAUAUAAUAAACUAUUGUAGUGUGAGAAUUAAAGUACAUACCUAGCUAUCAAUCGUUGCCUACGUAUUAAUCUUGUCGUAUAAAGGAGAUUGCUCAAAUUGGCCUAAAUGCAUAAAAAAUAUUGACAUACAUUACUAUACACAAGACAUUUUAUUAGUACAUAAGUAAUUUAUAAUUUAAUUUACAGUCAUUGGAUUUCAACGGACACCUUUGUUUAAUAUAUUUACUUUAAAAAGGACUUUUAAUUUUACCGGUUUGGAAAACAUACGAAUCAUUUUAAAUGGCUAUGGGUGUAGUAACAUUCAGCCAAAGACUGAUCGAAGUUGUUUAUAUAACAUAAAAACAAAUCUUUUUUGUAAAGAUCGAUAAAAUAAGUCAUUUUUUUUAUUACACUGUGGUAUUAAUAUCCACAACUAUAUUAUCAUUUUCACUAGAUGCAAAUGUGCUUAGACAAUUAUUAUAGACGGUAGGCGACAUCAUAAAGUCUAUUGCCAUACAGUUUUCGCCAAACACCUCCAUAAACACAUUAUAAUCUGUAUAUAUGUUAGACUUUAAGGUAUCUGGGCCUACGUUCCCUGACUAUAAAUUAAUAAAUAAAAUUAUAAGGUGUGAUACACUAAAAUUCUAAAAUAUGGUUAUCUUAAAAACAUAACAAAAAUAAUGAAGCUACUGAAUAUAUGGCUAUAGAACCUUUAGGUCUAUAAAAUCUCUUGGCUUGCUUUGGUUAACGAGAGUUUAAAAAUUCUCUCUAAUCUGUGGCUCAUUCACAAUCAUCACACAGUUUCUGUCACAGAGUACCUUAUUAUAACCGGAAAUGACACCUGAUUUUAAAAUUUACUCUUAUGAAUUAACUUUAAAAACAGGCAACUAUCUGUUAAUCUACAUGCUCUAUAUACCUGAAUCUAAUCCAUAAUUUCGGUACUUGGCUUGAUUUCCCUAGUUUACUAUAUAACUUAUUUGUUUUUUAUUAUUUUAAUAUGUUCAGUGUAUAU